AACCAAGGCACCCAACUAACAUCUAUUCGCAGCUUCCACUCUCUUCAUCAGCCUUUUUCCUGCACCACUCUGGCCCGAGCAGCUACUCUUCCGACAAAAUCCGAGGUUUCUAUUGCUAAAGAUCGACUUCAGCAGCUGACCGGUCACCUCAUGAGGAGCCAUACAACCUGGUCUAAGAUCGUCGAGAAGUUCGUAGGCAAGGACGAGAAAACCGGUAGCGAACCUACCAAGGCGAACAUGCCCGAAGAAGCAACAAAGGAGCUGGCUGCUGAUAUGGUCAAAUCUCCCGGUAUGACGAGUAUUGAUAAGGUGGUUGAAGACAAAAAGAAUCAACUUCCGCCUUGGCCAUCACCAGUACCAACACCACACAAAGAUUUUGUGCACUCUAAUCCUCCGGAACCACCUAAAUACCGCAAGUUUACUGUCUUUACCGCUGGAAGCAUAGAGAUGGGUGAUGCAGUCAACUGGCAGCCCUUGAUGGCAACCAUGCUUAAUCACUUGCCUAUCACCGUGUGCAAUCCUCGAAAAGGCUCCUGGGAUCAAAGCAUUAAGCAGCAAGCCAAGGAUGAACUCUUCAAACAGCAAGUUGUAUGGGAGCUAGGUGCGCUAGAACAAGCAGAUGUCAUCUGUUUCUUCUUCGAUACCGAGACCAAGAGCCCAGUGUCCCUGCUUGAGCUAGGUGUCUGGGCUGCGUCCGAUAAGGUUAUCGUUUGCUGCGGCGAUGCAUACUGGAAAUCAGGAAACGUCCACCUCACAUGCGAGAGAUACGAUGUCCCAUGUGUCAAAAACUUCACAGAAUUGGUACCCUUGGUUGAGGAGAUGCUCAAGAAGAAGGGCAUGGAGCUUGACAACAAGGGCGACUUGAUCGGAGAAAACGUGCACGUACCCAAAGAAAAGCCGAAGAAGAAAACACAGCUCGAGGCAGAGAAAGCUGAGUUGCAGAAGCAAGUGGAUGAUCUGCUAGCUAAGCUGGCGGCACAGCCUAAGAUGUGAUCAAGACAUAAUCUUAGAUGGCUGCGGUGCCCUUGGUCCUACUGGCGUUGGCGGAUAUCUGUGCAUGUUUGAUACCAAGUGGCUUGGGCGGAUAUGUCGAUUGUUGGUCUAGUCUUUUUAUAACUUUGUCUCUGUCUAAUCCAUGAGUAUACGUCUCGAUGUCCGGGGUUUCCGCACCCCUUCUAACUGCCUAUUAUGAAGAUAAGAUAAAUGAUAGUCGAAUUACACCGAUACCCU